AUGUAUUGCAUCACUUAUUUUAUAUGUGCAUCACUCAACUCUAAGUCCACCACAUGUUGUCAGCUUACAGAACUAAAAUUACAGAAGAACUUAAUUAAAAACAUUUGCAAUGAUGUUGAGAGUAGGGUGUUUUACCUGAAAAUGAAGGGCGACUAUUACCGCUAUCUGGGGGAGGUGUCUGAUGGGGAGCAGUACCAGGCUGUGGCCAAAAAGUCAUCAGAUGCAUACAAGGAGGCCUACAGAAUGAUCAGUGAGUCCAUGGCCCCCACUGAUCACAUUCGACUAGGAUUAGCAUUGAGUAAUUCUGUUUUCCAUUACGAAAUUCUGAAUAAACCAGAUGAAGCCUGUAAACUAGCCAAAAAGGCAUUUGAUGAUGCAAUUGCAGAGUUGGAUACACUCAAUGAAGAAUCUUACAAAGACAGUACACUGAUAAUGCAGUUAUUACGAGAUAACUUGAUGUUCUGGACAUCAGAUGUCAAUCAAGACGGUGACAAUGAUGGGGAAGGGAAGAAAACCUGAUCAUUUUUCUUUUAU